AUGAGCAAGCAAAAUCAGCAUCACCAGCAAGCGACAGCGCCAGGUCAAGACAACUCAUCGCCCAACCCCGCUGUCGCCACUGCUAGCUUCGAGACUAAGAGACCAUCAGGAGUCAUGGCAGCAUCCAACGGCAACAGCCCCGACUUGGCUGAGAACGGCAACCCCUCCUCUCGCGGGCCGUCAUCAACGACAUCGGCGGCCGACAACUUGGCCCAGGCCGGCCUGCAGAUCGUGCUGCCAACGGCAACCUUGAGGCUUGAGGCUUCGUUUCUUUUAGCCUUGGCCUUUCCGGCUGGUGUUCUGCAACUCUUCAGCCUUGUCCGCAAAGAACCCUUUGCCCGGUAUCAUCCACUCCGCUGA